CACAGGUGGGCAAUCGCGAAACAGGCAGUGGUGAUAGCGUAUCGAACAGGAUCUUAUCUACACUAUUAAACGAACUGGAUGGGCUGGAGGACACUGGCCAUGUGGUGUGUAUAGCGGCGACAAACAGACCCGAGAUGAUAGAUGCUGCGCUUUUAAGGCCUGGCCGAUUGGGAAACCUGAUCUACGUGCCACCCCCGUCUGAAGCUGCGCGUGUAGAGAUAUUGCGAAUACAUACACAAGACAUGCAGCUGAGUGCAGACGUAUCUCUUGCCCACUUAGCCGAGCUAACGCCGGGGUUUACUGGCGCAGAUAUUGAAGGAUUAUGUCGAGAAGCCGCAUUGACGGCGCUGAGAGAAAAUAUCGAUGCGACGCAAGUGACUCUACCGCACUUCGUGGACGUGCUUCCGUUGUUUUCGGGUAAUCUCCAGGACACCGCCAUGUACGAAGCCUUCGCAGGGUAGUAUGUAUGACCUAUAAAUAGAUUUGUAAUUAGCAUUGUUCAGCGAUUCAGCAUUGGAACACAAAAAUAAUUUGUUGUCCAUCCUUAAUAUUAAAGAUUCAAACCUCUUGAUAUUGUCGGUAUAUAC